GUGAGCUGUCCGUCUGACAACAAGUGGCUUUCCGCAGAGACAGAGGCCCGCAGCACCGAGGACAGUCAGCUGCUUCACUUUGAAUGUCCUAUGUGUAGUUAUGUUAGUAUCAAAGUAAUGACUACCACAAUCAGAGUUAUCAUUUAAGAAAAACCUGAAAAACUGGUCGUCUCUGCGGUGUGUUGCCUCCUCUGUGUGCUGUGAGUAAUUAGUUAAUUUGGAUCACCCGGCGCUCCCGGUUAAACCUGACGGGAAACCUGGCCACAAGUCGCCAGGUGGAAGGCGACAAAAGGCUGCCGUGCGCUUCAGCGUUUCAACUUUUCACUUACUCCUUUGAACUUUCCUCGAUCUGUCCAACAUGUACAGCAUGAUGGAACACGAGCUGAAGCCGACCGGCCAGCCCCCUUCUCACCAGACCUCUCAGGGAAUGUCACCGGUCACCGGCAACAUGACCGGUAACAUGGGCAGUAAUGGCAACUCUCACCCGAGCUCCAAAACGGCAUGUGCGCCUGGAGGUGACCCCAUGGAUAAAGUGAAGCGACCCAUGAACGCCUUUAUGGUCUGGUCCAGGGGACAGAGGCGCAAGAUGGCUCAAGAAAACCCCAAAAUGCACAACUCUGAAAUCAGUAAACGUCUGGGAGCUGAGUGGAAACUCCUGACUGACGCCGAGAAGCGCCCCUUCAUCGACGAGGCCAAGCGGCUCCGGGCAGUACACAUGAAGGAGUACCCCGACUACAAGUACAAGCCACGCCGCAAGACAAAGCCUCUGCUUAAAAAGGACACUCAGGUGGGCAAAUACCCACUGUCCGCUGGGAACAUGCUGGCGGCGGCGGCGCAAGGCCAAGGUGGAAGUCCUAGGAUGGAGAGCUACGGCUGGGGCCCCACCGGGGGGUACGCAGGCAUGCAGGGCGAGGCGCUCGGCUACACACAGCAGUUACACCGGUAUGACCUGUCGGCUCUCCAGUACCCACCUGCAAUGACUGCACAGACGUACAUGAACGGAGCCAACUCGUACAGCCCUAUGUCAUACAGUAGCAGUCCCCAGCAGCCGAGCCCUGUCACCAUGUCCAUGGUGAAAGCAGAACCAGUGUCCCACUCACCUCCAACAGGGACGCCAAACCACCACCGGGGGCCUUUGCAGGGAGACCUUAGGGACAUGAUCAGCAUGUACAUUCCUGGACCAGGAGGGGAUGCCGGCGACCCCACGACAGCACAAAGGGGCUACACUAGUGUCCAGCAGCACUACCUCACCGGAACCGUCCCACUUACACACAUUUAGAACUGAAGUAGGAAUCAUGCAGAGGUUUAACUGACUGGGAGGGAUGAUGCACAGCUGACCGGACAGGCGAUGGAGACAGUCGUGGGAGACUUUAGACUGGCAAAGCAAAGAGACACGAAAUAUUAAGGAAAUAACACCUUUUGUUCCUGCAUUCAACAAUGUUAUAGUUCCAGAUGUGCCUGCAUUUACACAACAAAACAAGUGCUGUCAAUUUUUUUUUUU